GUGCUGUGUCUGAAAACCAUUGUUUGAUGUAUCUUGUCUGGCCUUUUAGUUAUUUAAGGCGAGAGAGUAAAUCUGCUCCCUGUUACUCCAUCAUGGCCGGCAGUAGAAGUAAUUGUCUAAGAGGGAAGAGAUACCUAACCACAAAAGGAAGUGAGAGGUAUUACCUCAUUUGGAAAACCUUGAGAAACAGGAAAAAAUCUGUAACAAAAUGUCAGGUUUUCGAAAUCAUUGUUCACAUUUGGACUCGGUUGGUGAAAUAACAAAAGAAGAGUUAAUACAAAAAUCUCAUAGUACUUGUCAGGAUUGUAAAGUCAGAGGACCAAAUCUUUGGGCAUGCCUGGAGAGUAGAUGUUCGUAUGUUGGCUGUGGUGAAUCACAAGUAGAUCACAGCACCAUACAUUCUCAGGAAACAAAGCAUUAUUUAACUGUGAACCUUACCACUCUUCGAGUAUGGUGUUAUGCUUGCAGCAAAGAAGUGUUUUUGGACAGGAAAUUAGGAACUCAGCCUUCAUUGCCUCAUGUAAGACCGCUUCACCAAACACAAGAAAAUAGUGUCCAGGAUUUUAAAAUAUCCAGUAACACGACAUUAAAAACUCCUCGGGUUGCUGUAUUUGAUGAUCUGGAUAUAGAAGUGGAAGAAGAAGACAAGCUUAAGGCAAGAGGUCUUACAGGUUUGAAAAAUAUUGGCAACACUUGUUAUAUGAAUGCAGCUUUGCAGGCUCUUUCUAACUGCCCACCGUUGACACAGUUUUUUCUUGAUUGUGGAGGACUAGUUCGAACAGAUAAGAAACCAGCCAUUUGUAAAAGUUAUCUCAAACUGAUGACAGAACUGUGGCAUAAAAGCAGACCAGGAUCUGUUGUGCCUACUAAUCUGUUUCAAGGAAUUAAAACUGUAAAUCCAACAUUUCGAGGGUAUUCUCAGCAGGAUGCUCAAGAAUUCCUUCGAUGUUUAAUGGAUCUGCUUCAUGAAGAAUUGAAAGAACAGGUCAUGGAAGUAGAAGAAGAUCCUCAAACAAUAACAACUGAGGAGGCCAUGGAAGAAGACAAGAGCCAAUCAGAUGUAGAUUUUCAGUCCUGUGAAUCUUGUGGCAGCAGUGAUAAAGCUGAAAAUGACAAUGGCUCUAGAGGCUUUUCUGAAGAUAAUAAUGAGACAACGAUGUUAAUUCAAGAUGAUGAGAACAAUUCAGAAAUGUCAAAAGAUUGGCAAAAAGAGAAGAUGUGUAAUAAGAUUACUAAAGUAAAUUCUGAAGGAGAAUUAGAUAAAGAUAAAGACUCUGUGUCUGAAACAGUUGAUUUGAAUAACCAGGAGACGGUCAAAGUGCAAAUCCACAGCAGAGCUUCAGAAUAUAUUACUGAUGUCCAUUUGAAUGACCUGUCCACACCACAGAUCCUUCCAUCAAAUGAAGGGGUUAAUCCACGUUUAUCAGCAAGCCCUCCCAAAUCAGGCAAUUUGUGGCCAGGAAUGGCACCCACCCAGAAAAAAGUCCUAGCUCAAUCUGCAUCAUCCCCAAAGAGAAAAAAACAGCACAAGAAAUACCGAAGUGUUAUUUCAGACAUAUUUGAUGGAACAAUCAUUAGUUCAGUGCAGUGUCUAACUUGUGACCGGGUGUCUGUAACCCUGGAGACCUUUCAAGAUCUAUCCUUGCCUAUUCCUGGCAAGGAAGACCUUGCUAAGCUGCAUUCAUCGAGUCAUCCAACUUCCAUAGUCAAAGCAGGAUCAUGUGGAGAAGCAUAUGCUCCACAAGGGUGGAUAGCUUUUUUCAUGGAAUAUGUGAAGAGGUUUGUUGUCUCAUGUGUCCCUAGCUGGUUUUGGGGUCCAAUAGUAACCUUGCAAGAUUGUCUAGCUGCCUUCUUCACUAGAGAUGAACUAAAAGGUGACAAUAUGUACAGUUGUGAAAAAUGCAAAAAGUUGAGGAAUGGAGUAAAGUUUUGUAAAGUACAAAAGUUUCCUGAGAUUUUAUGUAUCCAUCUUAAAAGAUUCAGACAUGAACUGAUGUUUUCCACCAAAAUCAGUACCCAUGUUUCAUUUCCACUGGAAGGCCUAGAUCUUCAGCCAUUUCUUGCUAAAGAUAGUCCAGCUCAAAUUGUUACCUAUGAUCUUCUGUCAGUCAUUUGUCAUCAUGGAACUGCAAGUAGUGGACACUAUAUUGCCUACUGCCGAAACAAUUUAAAUAAGCUCUGGUAUGAAUUUGACGAUCAGAGUGUCACUGGUGUUUCAGAAUCUACUGUACAAAAUGCAGAAGCUUAUGUUCUUUUUUACAGGAAGAGCAGCGAAGAGGCACAAAAAGAGAGACAGAGGAUAUCAAAUUUGUUGAACAUAAUGGAACCAAGUCUCCUUCAGUUUUAUAUUUCUCAACAGUGGCUGAAUAAAUUUAAGACUUUUGCUGAACCUGGCCCUAUCUCAAAUAACGAUUUUCUCUGUAUUCAUGGAGGGGUUCCUCCACGAAAAGCUAGUUGUAUUGAAGACCUGGUUUUGAUGCUGCCUCAGAACAUUUGGGAUAACCUAUAUAGCAGGUAUGGAGGAGGACCAGCAGUCAACCAUCUGUACAUUUGUCACACUUGCCAAAUUGAGGCAGAGAAAAUUGAAAAAAGAAGAAAAACUGAAUUGGAAAUUUUUAUUCGGCUCAACAGAGCAUUCCAAGAGGAGGACUCUCCAGCUACUUUUUACUGCAUCAGUAUGCAGUGGUUUAGAGAAUGGGAAAGUUUUGUGAAGGGUAAAGAUGGAGAUCCUCCAGGUCCUAUUGAUAACACUAAAAUAGCAAUCACUAAAUGUGGCAGUGUAAUGCUCAGGCAAGGAGCAGAUUCUGGUCAAAUUUCUGAAGAAACAUGGAAUUUUCUACAGUCAAUAUAUGGUGGAGGGCCUGAAGUUAUUCUACGACCUCCAGUUGUUCACGUUGACCCGGAUAUACUACAAGCAGAAGAAAAAAUUGAAGUAGAAACUCGGUCUUUGUAAUUUUGAAGAUAAUAGUGUUCUAAUGAGAAAUAAUUUUCACUUCCCCUGUCCUAUAUACAUGCAGAAACAUUCCUAAAAGCAUGUUUAUUUUCUUGAUUUCUAAUAUUUUAUCUCAUUUCUUUUUACUGGGCAUUAUGCAAAAAU